AGUUGUGGAUCAGUCUUACUAAUGCACGGACACGCGCACACACACAGGCAGACAGUAUGGGACACUCGUGGUUUCUACGUACAGUUCUACUUUUAUUCGCCCUACCUGAAGGAUGGUCUAAACCGGUUAUCACUCCUGAUGCCCCCCAUCUGGUGAUUCUUAAAGGUAAACAACUGUAUCUCCGCUGUCACGAUGAUGCAGAUGUGAACGCAGGCAGGGUGCGAUGGCUCCGGGAUAAAGGUCGGAGAAUUGAAGGAGAGCUAAAGGAUGAUGAAGCCAGUGUCAUUCUCCUCAACAUCACAGAAACGCAGCAUAUGGGCAAUUACACCUGUGAGAACACAGAAACUGAAGAGAAGAGCUCUAUUUACAUUUAUGUGAAAGAUCUGGGCAGUGCAUUUGUUCGGCGCAUGGUGAACGACCUUCAAGUGAGAAAAGGAGAGGAAAUCACUCUUCCUUGUUUAGUAACAGACCCAGCUGUCAGUCACUUGUCUCUGCAGACCUGUAAUGGCUCUGCCCUACCAGCUGCUCUCACCUUCAUCACGCACCCUCAGGGAGGAAUCACCAUCAGAAAUGUGUCCAAAGCCUUUGAGGGCUGCUACUUCUGCGCCGGACAACUGGAUCAAAAACCUGUCAAAUCCAGAGAGUAUAACUUGGUUGUGCGGCUAGCACCAGAGUCCGUGCCAGCAAUCAGCCUCUCCAGAAAUGAAAAUGUGAUCCUGAUCCAAGACCAGGAGUUUAAGCUCAGCUGCAGCGCCGUCAACAUCAACCACGAUUUCCACCUGAGAUGGACAAUCCCUUCUGAAGCGACAGCACUGGAAAGCCAUAAAUCAAACAUUCAGCCUGGAUCUAGAGAAUAUCAGCGAUCAAUAACAUUGUGGAUCCAAUCUGUGAAGAUAAACGACACGGGAUCCUAUCGCUGUAAUGCCAGGAAUGAGAAGGGGGUCUCCAUGGCUGCUGUCAAUCUGGAGGUUUACGAGCGUGGUUUCAUUAACCUCACAGAAGGAGAGAACAGGGUGGUGGAGGUGCGAGAGGGAGAAAGUCUGACCCUCAGUGUAGAAAUAACUUCAUACCCCAAACCCAACGACGUCUUGUGGACUUAUAACAACCAGGAGCUCCAGAACACAUCUGAGCAUGUCAUUACACUGCACAACCAACAAUACAGGUACAUCAGUGAACUGAGGCUGGUUCGAGUUCAUGGAUCAGAAGGCGGGAUCUACACUUUCUCAGCCAAUCACAAAUACGAGUCGGUCAAUCAGUCAUUCACCGUUCAUGUUAUUUGUAAACCAGUGAUUGUUUCCCAGGAAGGGCCUGUUGAUGGACAGGUGCGGUGCGUUGCUUCAGGAUAUCCUGUCCCCAAAAUAUCUUGGUAUUACUGCGAGCCACCACAUACUCGAUGCUCCCACCUGUUGAAUGCGACACAAGCAGAUGAGGAGUUUGCUGUAAUUACAGUGUCGGGGUCAGAGUUCGGACGAAGUGAGGUGGAGAGUCGACUUAAUAUCAGCAAAGGGAAAUUUCACACUCUUGAGUGUGUGGCAAGCGCUCAAGGAGAACAGGCCUACACCCUUUUUUCAAUUAGUGAGAGAACCGUGCCUCAUAAACUCUUCACACCGCUGCUAUCUGGGGUUGUGUCCACUUCUGUUUUGCUUAGCUUCAUUCUGGUGGUUCUGCUUUACAAAUACAUGCAGAAGCCUAAAUAUGAAAUCCACUGGAAGGUGAUUGACAGUUUUGAUGGCAACAAUUAUACCUACAUAGACCCAACGCAGCUCCCUUAUGACCCAAAAUGGGAGUUUCCACGGGAAAGACUGCGCUUUGGUAAAAUCCUUGGCUCUGGAGCGUUUGGUAAAGUGGUGGCAGCUACUGCAUAUGGACUUUGCUCAGCCGACACAGUGACCACUGUUGCUGUAAAAAUGCUAAAACCGAGUGCGCACUCCACUGAGAAAGAGGCUCUAAUGUCGGAGUUAAAAGUCCUGAGUUACAUCGGUAACCAUAUAAACAUCGUCAACUUGCUUGGCGCCUGUACAGUAGGAGGUCCCACUCUAGUGAUCACAGAAUACUGUUGCUAUGGCGACCUGCUAAACUUCCUAAGAAGAAAACGGGAUGCUUUCUUCAGUUCCAAAACAGGCGAUGGAUAUUACAAAAAUCUGCUCAGCCAAACACAACCCUCAAUAGAGGGCACCGAUAAUGGUUACAUGCCCAUGAGGUCAUAUCAGAAGAGAUCAAAUCAGACAGAAUGGUGUGAUGACAAAGAUGAUCUAUCUUUGGAUACCGAAGAUCUGCUCAGCUUCUCGUAUCAAGUGGCUAAAGGCAUGGACUUCCUCACAUCCAAAAAUUGCAUUCAUAGGGAUCUGGCUGCCAGGAAUGUUUUACUCACUCAGGGUCGGGUAGCGAAGAUAUGUGAUUUCGGUUUGGCACGUGACAUCACAAGAGAUUCCAACUACGUCCUGAGAGGAAAUGCACGUCUGCCAGUGAAAUGGAUGUCCCCGGAAAGCUUGUUUGCUUGUGUGUACACUUUUGAGAGUGACGUCUGGUCCUACGGCAUCUUACUAUGGGAGAUCUUCUCUCUGGGUAACACACCAUAUCCGGGGAUUCCAGUUGGAUCCACAUUCUAUAAGAUGAUACAAGAUGGAUACAGAAUGAGUGAGCCUGAGUUCGCUCCAAGUGAAAUUUACGAGGUGAUGAGAUGGUGCUGGAGUGCCGACCCUCUAAAAAGACCACCUUUCAAGAAGCUGGUGGAAAGAACCGAGCUCCUGCUGUCGGAAACCACCAAACAUGAUUACUUGAAUCUCAGCACCAGUGGCAGCUGCGAGGCGUUUGUUCCUCCAGGCUUGCAGAGGCCACAAAGGCUGAGCUCAGUGGGCAGCUCAACAGCCUCCACUCAACCCCUGCUGCAGGCUACAAAUGAUGUUUUUCUGGAACAUCAGAGCAUAUAA